AUGGUAGUCAUUAAUGCAACCCACCCUGAAGAGUUUAUUCUGCUUGGCUUUGCCAACCAUCCUUGGCUGGAGCUCCCUGUCUUCAUUAUUCUUCUGGUAACAUAUCCGCUAGCCAUGUUUGGGAAUGUUGCCAUCAUUCUUGUGUCCACCUUAGAACCCCGUCUUCACAGUCCCAUGUAUUUCUUCCUCACAAAUCUCUCCUUUCUGGACAUGUGCUACACCACAAGCAUUGUGCCUCAGAUGCUGUUCAACCUGGGAAGCUCCAGAAAGACCAUAAGCUAUGUGGGGUGUGCAAUUCAACUUUAUUUAUUUAGUGGAAUGGGGGGCACAGAGUGUCUUCUUCUGGCUAUUAUGUCUUUUGAUCGCUACGUGGCCAUCUGCAGACCUCUGCACUACUCCCUGAUAAUGAACCAUCGUGCAUGCACUCUGUUAGUGUGCGUCAUGUGGCUCUGUGGAAUUGUCUAUGCAAUCUCAGAAGCCACACUUACGUUACAGUUGCCACUUUGUGGCAUCAAUACACUGGAUCACUUAUUAUGUGAGAUUCCAGUUCUGAUAAAGACUGCUUGCGGUGAAAAAGAGACAAAUGAGUUGGCACUUUCUGUGGCAUGCAUUUUUAUACUAGCUGUUCCUUUAUGCUUAAUACUUGCUUCAUAUAUUAGUAUCGGACAUGCUAUACUUAGGAUUAAGUCUUCUGAGGGAAGGACAAAGGCCUUUGGUACAUGUUCCUCUCAUCUCAUAGUAGUUUCCUUAUUUUAUGGCCCAGGAAUAAGUAUGUACCUUCAGCCUCCCUCCUCUAUCUCAAGGGACCAACCUAAGUUCAUGGCUCUCUUCUAUGGUGUGGUGACUCCUACACUCAACCCAUUUAUUUACACUUUGAGGAAUAAGGAUGUAAAGGGGGCAUUAGGCAAUUUGGCAAGAAGGAUUUUAUGUUAUAGGUGA